AAAAAUCGUGUCUGAACAUGUUCCAAGAUCACUAGUUCUAUUUUGAUCCAGAGUUUGACGGAUGUUUACAUUUUUAACAGUCAAACUUAAAUCAUAAUGUGACAUAAACGAUAGAUUCAAAACUUUCACACUGAAAAAAAAACAUGAAUGGUACUGAAGACUAUGACUUUAAAUCAAACAUAAAGAAAGAAAAAAUGACUAGGGAUUUUAAAUUUGAUGUUGAUUUAUCAGGUGAAGACCAUAAUCGUUAUUCCAGACAUUCAGUAAAGCACCAAAAGAUGCCUUACAGUACACUGGAUGACUUUGAACCAUUAUCAACGAUUGGAUGUGGAUCAUAUGGGACUUGCAAGAAAAUUAGACGAAAGAAAGAUGGCAAGAUUUAUGCUUGGAAAGAGAUGGACUAUGGAUCCAUGACAGAAUCAGAAAAACAAAUGUUGGUGUCAGAGGUUAACCUUUUACGUGAACUAAGACACAAGCAUAUUGUAAGAUACUAUGAUAGGAUCAUUGAUCGUAGUAACACAACCAUUUAUAUAAUCAUGGAAUUCUGUGAUGGUGGAGACCUGGCAACACUCAUAUCCAAAUGCAGAAAAGAUGGGAUAUAUAUGGAAGAACAAUUUGUAUGGAAGAUGCUCAUUCAAAUGACUCUAGCGCUGCAAGAAUGUCAUCGACGCAAAAAUGGUAAAGCAGUGCUACAUCGUGAUUUGAAACCAGCCAAUAUAUUUCUAGACAUUGAUAAAAAUGUCAAGUUAGGAGAUUUUGGACUUGCCAGAGUGCUACAUCAUGAGACAAGUUUUGCAAAAACAUAUGUUGGAACGCCAUAUUAUAUGUCGCCUGAACUUGUGAAUAACAUGUCAUAUAACGAGAAGUCUGAUAUAUGGUCGAUGGGUUGUAUGUUGUAUGAGCUGUGUUCAUUACAUCCUCCAUUUACUGCUAGUAACCAAUCAGAACUCAACAAAAAGAUUUGUAUGGGAGAGUUUAACAGAAUUCCAAUCAGAUAUUCAAGUGAUCUCAAUGAAGUUAUAGCCAAACUACUUAGAGUUGAGGUUCAUAGAAGACCAGGUAUUGAAGGUAUUUUACGUGAUCCACGAAUACAAAGACAACAACAGUUAUUAGAAAGACAACUAUCAUCAAGUAGGGAAUCAGAAUCAUCAAAAAGUUCUGAGGAUAUAGGUGUAAGAGAAAAAAGAAUAGAUGCCAAAGAGAAAGAACUUGAGAGCAGAGAAAAAGAAAUUACAAGAAAAGAAAUAGAGUUAGAAGAAAAAUUAAAAAAAUUAGACCAACUGAUGAAAGAAUAUAAAAGAAAGGGCAGUUGUAUAGAUGUGAAUUCUGCAGGGGACGCAGUUGCAGAUUUGUCAAUAGACAAUCCAGUUUCCUCAUGCCUAUCCAAAGGAAAGAAAGAUCCUGAUACACCAAAGAAAAAGGUUUCAUUUGAUAUGUAUGGCAAGGAAAAUUUACGUCAACGAGAUCAGAGAGUUUCAGAGCUUUUAUCUAAAUAUAGUGAACCUGAAACAUAUGACAGCCUUUAUACUCAGGAACUUGUCAAACGACAUGAACUCAAAGACAGAUUAUUCAAAGCAAAAUUAAAAGCCUUAGAAAUAAGAGGACUUGAUUAUGAUGUUCGACCGAAAUCUAAAAACCUAUUGCAUUUUAGAUAGCUGUGAUAUCUAAUUUAUUUAUCAUUUAUUUAUUAUGGAAGGUUGUUUCAAAGAUGUUGUUGUUUACUAGGGCUUAAAAUUUUUAGUGGUAUUUACAUAUUUUUAUAAUUACAAAAAGUACAUGAUGUAUGAUUGUAUGGUUUGCCACUGUCACAUCUUAUAUUUGGAAACAUUUUUUUCCAUCAUAACUUUUUGUGACAGAUUCUACUGAGAUUUCAGCACAAUAUUGCAAGAUUUAAAGUUGGGAAGAUAUAAGGGUUAUUCUUUUACUUUUGAAACAAAAACAAAGAGAUUUUAAAAGUUAAAACAAAAUUCAAUGUACUGUAUGCAAUUUUUGGUGUUAAGAAAAGUAAUGGUUAAAUUUUUGGCUAAUCUGAUCCUGAAAUUUCAUGGAAGUUAAACGUAUUGUAUGAAACAAGUAGUGAUAAACACAUUUAAUCUGAUUUAAGGUUUACUUGUUAAACUAAUAGCACAUUGUGCUAUUUUAUUUUAUAUGAACAUGUUAUGCUGAGAAUUUUAUACUUUUUUUUUAUCAAUAUCCGUCCUUUUAUAUUUUUGUCACAUUUACAGCAUUAAACCAAAUGCAACAAUCCCAACAUUUUCAGGAAUGUAUACAUUAUCAUAUUUUAAAUAAGAAAUAAAUAAAAAUAUCUUUAAACUAUCUUAUUUUAUCCUCAUAAAGUUUUAUUUACAUUUUCAAUGAAAUGACAUUUAUAUUUUGUUCUUAAACCCUACUUAUUAAAUCAUAAAAUUUGAGCAUAAUUUAUGCUCAAGUUUUCAUAAUUUUUAAAAAUCUUGAAUCACAAUCCUAGCUUUUUUCUUAUUGAGAGUCUACUGGUUAUCAAUACAUAAGAAAUUGAUUAUUAAAUAAAUCAUAGAAAUAUAUAUAACUUGUGAACAUUAUUUGACUCAAACUCAUAUUUUUAAAGCCAAUUAAACAUGUUAAAUAAAGAAUAAUGUCAUUUAUAGGUCAACACAUAUUUUUUAUAAAAUUAAAUUUAAUUGAUUACAUUCAAGCAAAGAAAAACUUAUUAUAAAAAUGUCGGCUGGUUAAAAUAUAACAAAUUUAGAAAAAAAAAUUUUGUUUGUUUUUGUGUGGUUGUGGAAUAUUGCCAUAAACUAGGGUAGGUUUCAAUGCAAGUUUUAUGUUUGUUGACUGUCUUGUUACAACUUUUAGUGCUAGAUUGAAUAACACAUACAUGUACAAUGAACAGUUGGACAGGGUGACACAUUUUGUUACAUUAUUUUUUUUUUUAUAUACAAAUAUUUUUACAGAUUUUUAGCAAACAAAAGUGAUAAUAAACUGAUUUUUUUUCA